UUUCAUUCAUAUUUCAUGACAAGGACCCCCAAAUAUAAUAAUACAGUUGUAUGCAAUAUUAUUAUUGCAGUAAAAUAUAAAGAAAUAAUUUAAAAUACUAUCUGCAAGAUAUACUUCGUAAUGUUUCCACUCAAUAUAAUGUCCUACAGAUAAAAUGUUCAUUUUUUACUUUUAAAAAAAUGGCUGCAUUAUAAAAACAACCAUUAUUUAAAAAGCAGAAUGAAAGCCCUGCACUGCGUAUGACAAUAAUACAGUACAGUCGAAAUUAUCCAUUUGCUUUAAAGUCAAAUAGUGAUUUUCCCCUAAUAAUUUGGGGGAUGAGAAUGGAAACGUUUUGAUGUUAAUGUAUAUUAUUUGCAGGACUAAUCAUAAUCUUUAUAUAUGAGGCAAGAACACAAAAAAUGGCCUUAUGAUUUUCACGUUACUUUCUGUAAAUGGCCUGUUUUAUCUGAGUUUUCUCAUAGCAGAACAUGGUGUGUUUUGAAAUGUUUCAUUAUUUACGAAUUUAUUGGUGGUUUAAGGGGCCUUCACAUCAUCAGAUACAGCCUCACAUACUCUUGCAUCAAAAAAUGCUUCAAUCAUUAGACUGUCCAUCACAACAGCUAGAGUUUGACAGACAGUCUUUCCAUCCAAUCACCGCCUUGCUCAAGCAACACGCGAACCCCCAUGGGGCGGGGCAGCGUGCACAGAGCAAGGAACAGAGGCCAGACAAACGGUACAUUUCCAUAUCCACGACCGUGUUUACGUCAAUAUACUCAACGAGCAGUGCGUCGCGCUAAAUAAUACAGGUUCGUUGCGGUGAGAAACGCGUUGUGAACACCUUGAAGCCUGCGCGGGGCCGACGAGCGCUGCACGAGGGAUUGCCCAUCUGCAGCGCGCGAGGCGAGGCUCGGAAACGGUUGGGGAAAGAAGGCCUCCCCUCAGCAUUCUUAGACCUGCGGGGAAAAGUGAAGAGCGCCGCCUGACGACCGCCGUACAGCGGGGUGGCUCGCUCAGGAGACAGCGGUGCGCUGCAUAAGCUCUGGCAAAAUCUGAAGAGCGCCACCAACUGCUCGCCACAAGCACACCAAAAGUCUGGUUUAGAACUGUUCUGCAGUUACCAUGAGUGAUCAGGAGUAUGUGGAGCAUCAGUACAUGUGCAGUGAGUGCCAGCAGCUCUUUAAUACGCUGGAGGAGGUGCUGGUGCACCAACAGAUCCACACCGGAGCAGAGGGGGACGAGGCUGAGAUCCUGCCAAGCCUUGAGGACUGUGACACUGGGGAGAGCCAGUAUCAGUGCCUGGAGUGUGGAGCCAUCCUGAGGAACCCAGACGAACUGCUGCUGCAUCAAGAGCUGCACAUGAGCGAGGCAGGCCAGGAGCUAUGUGAGGUCACAGAGGUGGAUUCUGUGGAUGCAGAAGUGCCAAUCCAGUACCAGUGUCUGGAAUGUCUGGCUCUCUUUGACACACCCGAACUGUGGUUGGCACACAGACAGACACACAGCAGAAGCAGCACCCACAGCAGCCUAAACACUGACACAGAAUAUGUUCUUCAGGCAGAUGGUUCAGUCACUCCAGUUCAAUUGCUCAAUGUGCAAAAUCUAGUUCUGGAUGAACAGAGGGCAGGCCAGAUCCUGACCCUAGCCCAGGCCCUUCGAGAGCAAGAAAACCCAUCUAAAACUGCAGCCCCUCCCAGGACUAUGCUAGUGCCAGCAAACGCUUCCCUGCCCGGCUCCACCUCUGCGAUGCUCCGCCUUCAGUUCUGCUCCGCCCAAGCGAUCGCUGAUGGAUCUGCCUCAGCUACUCUUCGAAAAGCUAAACUCCUCGCCCCUCUCUUACCUGCCGAUCCUAUCCGGCUGGACAAUGUGACCACUUUGAACCUUCUCCCUUCCUCUGGUCAGGUGAACACACUAAAGAAGCAAAAUGAAGAAAUUUUAAUUAUCCAUCCUUAUGAGUGUUCUGAGUGUAAUCUGCUGUUUAGCACACCAGAGGAUUUCCUUCAACACCAGGGGGAGCACUUCUUAGGCCAGGACAAAGAGACUGGGGACACUGGGGUGAUGGUGGGGUAUGAAGACAGUUCUGGGGCUAAGGAAGAUGAAGGAAGAAGCGACGGAUCAGAAGAAUGCAGCAAAGUUGGAAAAGUUAGUGGUGGGAGACGUACGUUCACCGCUCGCUCAGCUACUUUGGGUCUGACGUCGUCUAUCUCAUCCAGCAAUCUUCAAUGUGAGGAGUGCAAAAGAACGUUCACCUCUGCCAAUCGGCUUGUGGCACACCUUCGUGUGCAUGAACAAGGAACACACGAGUGCCCAGAGUGUGAUAAAGUGUUUAAGAAGCUGGUGUCCCUUCAGACACACAUGCGCACACACUCUGGUGAGGCACGUUUUCUGUGUGUGGACUGUGGGCAUGGUUUUACCACAGAGAUGACUCUUAUGAUACACAGGAAAUCUCAUACAUCUGAACCACUGCACAAAUGCCCAUUUUGUGCCAAAACCUUCACCAACAUGACCAAGUUCUUGUACCAUCGCCGCACUCACAGAGUACGUGAGCCGACCACACCGGUCUCUCAGUUUGUACUGGGACAGCAGUCACCUCUCUCUAUCAUCCAAAGAGCAAGAGAACGAGAGGCUGCUUGGAGGAAAGAAAGACAGACGGUGAUGAUUCCUCCUGUGAAAGAUGAUGGAAAUGAGUCAAGUGACACAGGUCCUGUGCUCAUUGAAGGUAUUGCUGUGGUCUCCCAGUCUUCAGAGCUGACAGAGAAUGGGCUUUAUGCUGAACACUCAAACACAGAACAAAACCAAAACGGAGGGAAAAUGCUGACAGACGACCAUUCAGCUACUGCCAAUGUGGAAGGAGGAGGAGAAGAGGAAGGUAAACACAGGACUCCUGCUGCUGAGGAAGAGCCAAAAUUUCCGUGUUCCAUAUGUAAAAAAAGAUUCUCCUCACAGGUCCGUCUGUUGCGGCAUCGUCGAACGACUCAUAUGACCGAAAGGCGUUUUAAAUGCAACAUCUGCGGGAAACCGUUCAAAAAGCAAAUCCAUCUGCGAAACCACCUGCGCACACAUACGGGCGAGCGGCCGUUCCAGUGCAGCGUAUGUGGAAAGACCUUUUCCUCUCUUGCGAAUCUUUCCCGCCAUGGACUCACACACACAGGAGUCCGUCCAUACCGGUGUGACGUUUGCCACAAAGCCUUCAGUCAAUCGUCGAAUCUACGCCAACACCGUCAGCAUCUUCACAGCAAUGCAACACCCUCACCCUGUCCAGACUGCUCUGCCACUUUUAUCCGUCCUGCUAAACUCGUAGCUCAUCGUUUUCUUCACCACCCAGGGUCACCGGCACCUUACCCCUGCCCACACUGUUCCGAGGGGUUCUUGCGCAAACGGCAGCGAGACAUUCAUUGCCUGGAGGAGCAUCCCGACCUGACGCAUUGCAUCUCCCAGGACUCCCAGGUUAGAGGUCAGCAGGGUUCGACAGAUGACACCGAGCAACAAAGCGCUCCUUCAAUCACAAAACCGAAUCUGGAUUGCACUAUUUGCGGCAAGCGCUUAAACUCCUCUGCAAAUCUUCGCCUGCACCAGCUAAGUCACGGACUCGGGCCCGGCCGGCCACGAGGCUCCAACUCCGCCCUUGGGAAGUCUCAUCCUUGCCCAGUAUGUGGAAAGCUGUUUGUUUCAGCCUCAAGCGUUACGCUACACCAGAGAGUUCACACCGGUGAGCGUCCGUAUCCCUGCGCGAUCUGCGGAAAACGGUUUCGCCAGAACACGCACCUGCGGGAGCACCUUCGUACGCAUUCGGGUGAGCGUCCCUUCCGAUGCGAGUUCUGCGAUAAGGGCUUUGUGCAGAGCAUGCAUCUGGCAGAACACCGGCGUACACACACGGGCGAGCGGCCGCAUGCUUGCGGCGAAUGUGGAAAGACAUUCAAGACAGUUUCGAACCUUAGAAACCAUCGCAAGACCCACGCCCGCUCCCAAAAGCAACAAGAAACGGAGCACAGCGGAGAAGCAGUGCCCGCAGAAUCCAACACAGCAACUGUUACCGUUGUGGAGGCUUCUGAGAUGGACAUGGCAACAGCAAUACCAUCUUUCUGCCAGCAGGGGAUGCAGCUUGGACAGCCACAAGUCAUUCAGAUACAGACUUCUAACCUGACACAGACUCAGGGCACUCCCACUAUCAUGUGUAAUGAGUUUGGGGAGACUAUAGCCAUCAUUGAGACAAGCGGAGACCUGGCAGAGGCCAUCGAGCUGUACCACACUGCACUGGAGGGUGGCAUCAAUAUGGAGGCCAUCACUGUGGACAACCUGCAGUUAUUGUGAGAGAAGUGCAGCAUUCCAGUGGCCAUCAUCUUGGAGAUUUGAAUAUUACAAUUAAAAUAUGAGCAUAAGUAAUGUCAGAUCAAGCACAGAGACAAAAGAAGGAAAAUCAGAGGUUGAAUUAAGCUGUCUAAGACAGGGUUGCAAAUUCAAGACAUUGUAUUAAUUCCCAUUAAAGUUCUUGAAUGUGUGAAUAACCUCAAAUAGAUCCAUUCAAAUAUUUUUCAGCCUUAUUUUGACUUUUUGAGACAGGUCAAUUUUUUUUUUUUUUAAAGUAGGGCUGAUUUUAGAGGAUGCAACUGAAGUCUGUGAUAAGACUGCUCCUGUUUUAGGAGUAGGAAUGGACAGUUUUGGUUGCUGACGACACACUGCAUGACACUCUUGUUCUGACAGAGCCAGAUGGAAGGCAUGAAGGCACAGAUUUAGAAAGAAAUACACCCACGGACAGUGGAGCAAGUUGAUACCACAGGACGGCUUAAAAUGAUUCCUGGUUUACAUUCUAACCUGCAGUUUUUGCAAGGAGGUCAUUUAAGGGCAUUGAGCUGAAGAACAAAACAGGAAAGAGGGAAAUCAAAACAUGUUAGUGCUCAUCAUGGACAAACAUUAUGCACCAAGGGAUCCCCAUGUGUUACAUACAUCACAUUUCUCGGUCUGUACACUGAAUGUUUGUAGCUUUUUUAUUGUUAUGAAGCUGAUUUGGAGAAGUCUUGCAAAUAAACUUAAACAGUUUGU